AUGAGCAUAACUACUCCAUUUGCUAUCUAUUUUCAGAUCGUUUUAACAAUUGAGUCCUCCGUUGCCUUGGUAGGAAAUGGAUUUAUCAUAGUUGUGAAUGGCCACCGAUGGCUCCAAAACAGGAAGGUGGCCCCUUGCGACUGGCUCUUGACCAGUUUGAGCACCUCCAGAAUUAUGCUGCAGCUGACCAUCAUGAUACAUAAUAUUCUGUACUACAGCCUUCCAGAGAAAUAUACACGUACUUAUACAGGGGGUAUUUCCUCAUUGUUCUGGAUGUUAUUCAGCAAUGUUAGCCUCUGGUGUGCCACAUGGCUCAAUAUUUUCUACUGUAUGAAGGUCACCGACUUCCCCCACCACCUGUUCCUCUGGCUGAAACUAAGGAUCAAUGUACUUGCACUCAGACUGCUCGGAAUGGUGAUAAUAGCUCUUACGCUCUUCUCUGUUCAUCCAACCAUUCUUUACUUUGAAAACCAGAAGUUCUGCAAUCUCUCGGGAACUCUGGCACGGAAUGCCAGUUUCAGCAAGCCUUUUGAACUGAUGAAGCUUGUGGCGAAACCUGUUGCAUAUCCGGAGGACAGGUCUUCCUUCAUUUGCCCACCUGCGUUUACCUCAUCAUGGUGGCGGCUAUAUAAGACCUACUGA